GGUCCUUUUCGACAGUAUUUGGUAAAUUCAAGUUGGGAAGCUGCAAAGGGUUUGAAGAGGAUGGGCCUUGGAGACAACAUAGAGAUUCACAUAGUCGAGAUUCCUGUGUGUUACUCAAAAGCUCAAGAAACGCUUGCUAAAAUAUGGCACAAUCUAAAACCAAAGGUUGCUGUACAUUUGGGUAUAGCACCAGGAGCCAAAUGCGUCAUUCUGGAACAAACGGGCAAGAACUGUGGCUACAAGGACAGAGACGUGUGUGGUUUAUGUCCAGCCAAUAACUGUUGCUUUCAAGAAGGAGAAGAACGAUUAGAUUCCAUUGUAGACAUGAGGGUCCUUGCCAAGCACUUAAAGGGACUCGGCCUGGAUGUUAUCUACUCUAGGGAUGCUGGGAGGUAUCUGUGUGAUUAUGUAUAUUACUGCUCCCUCCAUUAUGGGCAGAGGAGGGCAGCACUCAUCCACAUACCUGCAUCAGGCAGUCUGGCAUGUUCGGAGACACUGGUGCUGCAGCUACAGACCAUUAUCCUGUCUGUGUUACGCCAGCUGGACACUCCUGCAGGAUUUACAUGCUGUGGCAAACAACAAAGAAAAUCAUGAAACCAUGAUGGAUUCCAGCCCUCCAAGACUGCAGUGGUGCACCCCUGCUCUUCAACUAAGGACAGCAUGUUUUGAGAAUAUAUAAAUAUUUGGCUGGUCAGUGUGCUGAGUGAAGGAAUGAAGGAAUGACGUAACAGCAGCGGCACUGAGCUGCGACUGCAUUGGUACUUCUUUUACAUCUUAAAUUAGGGCGAGUGUAAGCAGUGCUACAAUCUAGUCAGUCCAAAAGUGCCAAAGCGUUUGUUUGGGGUUUUUUUCCACCCUAAAAAAUGCAGACCAAAACUCACGCCAGUGUGCCUGUGUUAGAACCAAAAGAUCAGGUUGGUAAGACCAAAACCAGACUAUAAUAAUGUAUACAGUAUAAGAGCCAAUUCUGGUGAACACUGAACUGUUCCAGAAAUUACAGGGCUAAU